GCUGGACUUAGGGUUGGCUCAUCACCCUCCCGUAAUCUGGUUGAAAUUUCGGACCGUUGCCAGUCUUACUACAUGACCAUGCCAAUCCCAAAAAAGGAUGAAGGAGGAUGGGUCUUCAUUGAUCGUCUCGCGUGGAUCCGGUCUUUCCACAUACCCAUCAUGCAUUCCUCAAAUCCUGAUUAUCCUGAGCUGUGCACCUUCCUUCAUGUAAAUUUUGCACUGGACAAAACUGUCAAUAUCUUCCACGACUUUGGCAAUGAAACACGGCCAGUGCAAUUCACCAUGGACAAGUCCACAGGUAUUCAUAUUGAUCACGAAUGGGCCAUUGCAAUUAGUGUUCCUGGACUGGUGAAGCUUCUGGCGAUUCCUCUGGAAUUUCGUAAAGGCAACGUUUACUCCACUAAGAAUAUCAUGAUGGUCAAGAGCUCAGAAUUGCAAACAAAGUAUAGAAUCGACAGACAUUACAGUGAUGACACAGAUCUUGCUUUCGAGAAAGUCUUGAGUCCCAAUGUUGGGAUCGAUCUUCAGCCGAUACUCAACGCACCUGAAUUUUGGUGGAAGACAUUUAUCAGGAACUCGACUACAAUUGCACUCGGUUUUAUUCCCAUCGUUGGGCCUAUCGCUGCGGCUUCCUUCCAACUCAUAUGGACGGCGGAUGAUGAGCCUGAGAAUCUGAUACGGGAGCUUAGAAAUCAGAUGCAAACAGUUGAUCUCACUAUGGGUCUUAUAGACGAGUUGAAGAGAGAUCUAAAGGAGGUGAAUGGAAAUAUCGCGAAGGACAUUAAUGGCGUCCUCGAUACGAGUGCAAGCCAUAGUUACUGCAGGAAAUCGCCAACUGGGGAUGUUGGGAUAAUAUCGGCCCUAGUUUUGCUUUCCUGCAGGCCAAAGAGGCAUUAUGUAUGGGACCUCAUAGUUGACUUCGUAUUGCCAUAG